UGAGUGAAUCGACGAAGGAGAAUAAAAUAAAAUAAAUGAAAAAUCGGAAAAAAAAUGAAGGUGUGUGGUGGUCACAUGCAGAAGAGAGCGUAGAAAGAAAGGGCAUAUGCGAGGGAGAUAAAUAAUAUGCCAAGAAAUACCGUUAAGAGAGAGUGCCACGUGGGACUCUACAUGGCAAUCACCCAUCGCAUCUUGCAAUUGCAACCUUCAACCUCUGCCCCAACUCUCUUCCUCCCAUAUGCCCAUGGCGUUCCUUCUCAUCACCACCUUCUCCUUCUCUUCCUCCUUCUUCCACCCUUUCAAUUUCACCUUCCUUUCUUCCCAAUCUCUCUCUGUCUUCUCAAUUCUACCCCUAACCUCGCCUCUUUCGAAAUCUCCAAACUUCAAAAACCGCAGAAUAUAGUCUGAGAGAACCAUCACCCCUAUUCAAACCCAUCAAUUAUUUUCCACUGGGUCACGCUUUCACUCCCAAAUUUCCAAUUUUUCUAUCUGUUUAUCGCCUUAUUCGCCGUCUCAGGUAUUGCUGAUGGUUAUCUCUGAAUACGGAUCUGCACAAGUCGCGGCCUUGGAUUCUUGUUUUUCCUUAUAUUCUUCUAAUUCUAUUUCUGCCAUCGCCUCGAGGCUCUGUUUCUAGAAAUGUGAUCGGCCUUCUGUUAUUUAUUAUUUAUUAUUUAUUUAUUUAUUUAUCCUAAUCUUCAACUUAAUUCCAAAUCAUUGACUCACCUAUUGGGUGGGGCUACCCUGUUUAAGGCUGUGAAAGUUUGGAGUUGUAAGAUGUAUCGUGAGUUGUGAUGAUGUGAGUUGUGCUCAUGUGUAAUAAAGGGUUUCAAUGCUUGAACGAGUGUGAGAGUGAAGUUGAUCAAAGGCAAGAGUUCUUCGUCAUGGAUAGUCCAAUUCGAUCGCCAGCUGCCGGUUCAGGCUCCGGCGAAGAUAGCCGGCGUGUUAAGUUUUUGUGCAGCUUUCUGGGGAGCAUAAUGCCCCGUCCCCAAGAUGGGAAGCUGCGUUACGUCGGUGGCGAGACACGAAUUGUGAGUGUUUGUAGAGAUAUUAGCUACGAGGAGUUGAUGGUGAAGAUGAGAGAGUUGUAUGAUGGGGCUGCUGUGUUGAAGUACCAGCAACCCGACGAGGAUCUUGAUGCUCUUGUUUCUGUUGUCAAUGAUGAUGAUGUGGUUAACAUGAUGGAAGAGUAUGACAAGUUGGGGUCAGGGGAUGGAUUCACUAGGCUCAGGAUAUUUUUGUUUUCACAAUCCGAACAGGAUGGUUCCUCACAUUUCAUUGAUGGGGAUGAUUCUGAGAGGAGGUAUGUUGAUGCAUUGAAUAGUUUAAAUGAUGUUGCUGACUUUAGGAGGUUGCAACAAGGAGAGUUUCCAAUGAUUAGCCCUGUUGAGGAUAUCCAUGUGGCUGGUGAACAGUUUUUCAAUCCAAUGAGUGUGGAAAGUGGGAUUCAUUCUCACAGAAGUGGGGACCUAUCUAUGCCACCUUAUAACAUGCAUCAUCUCUCGAUCCAGCACCCGCAACCUGUGGGCCCAAGGUAUACUGAAAUGGAUUCUCCUUGGAAUCCUGCUUAUUACUCUCCUAGGCACCAUGGUCUCCACGACUCCAGAUCAUUAGUUGAAUUUCCAUCUUCGCCGUCUGGUAGGUACCGAAUGCCAUUUCCAGAGUUACCAGAUAAGUGCAUUGAUCGAGGGCCGGAAGACUAUGCUCGACAUCAUGUAAACCACCAUCCUUUGUAUGAUAAUCAGCAGCAGUAUGCUGAUAAUGUUUUGUGGGUGCCGACAGGAGCAGCACAUUCUGAAAAGACAGGUUUUCCAGCCAAUAUUCUUCAUGGUUCCCAUGUUGUUGAUGGGAACAACAUAUGUGAGCAGUGUCGCAUGGGUUUUCAGAGAGGUCAACCACAUCUUGAACAUUCUAAUAUAAGUAAUGGACUUCUACCGGUUGCUAAUCCAUGUGGAGAAUGCCCCCUGCCAAAUAGGGAUGCUUUCCCCAUGAAUGUUGAUACAAAGUUACAUCCAGCAAUGUAUCCCAAUGAACCUAAUGGUGAUCACAGGUCUGUUUAUAAUGAUACUCAAAAUCAUGAGAGAGGUUGGGGUUUGCAGCAUCCAACAACUGCUCGGGUUGAGGAAUCAAGAGGACAUUUAUCUGUAUCAGGAAGAGUGGGUGAUGUUCCAGUUGCAAAUAUCCCUCUUGGGCAUGGUAGUGUGACCGAUGGACAUGCCCUGUCGUCCAAUUAUCUCCAUCAGCCGGUUGGACCUGAAUUGGGUACUGAACUUUUCCCUGACCAAACCCUGACUGCAUCACCACACGUACAAAUUGCUCCACUUGAAGAAUGCAAUGUGCGGUACGGAAAUCCAUCUCCUUAUGGAGUAGACAGUAAUUAUGCUGUGCCCCGUGGGCAUCCAUCUGGUUUAUGGAGGAAUACUACAAUUCCUGUUCAUUUGGGACCAUCUCAUGAGGCAAAUACCUCACCUCCGCAAGUGAAUGGUAUGAUAAAUGCGGCAUUAGUCAGGGGAGAAGGCAGUCCAGGGUUUUACAUUGGACCAGAUACUCAAAAUCAAUGGGUUGAUUCCUCACAGAAAUUGACAGGACAUGAUUGUAAAGCCAUCCCAGAAUAUUCGCAUGCACAUGCUCUGCAGUUGAAUCCAACACUCCUUGGUCCAGAGAAUCAGCACCCAGUUACUGUAGAUACCAUUCACCCUCCACAGGACGUGAGUACUGGUACCUGCUUGGAACCUUUGCAGGUUCCAAUAUCAUCUUAUAAUAUGGUUCAUAAUCAAGAGGUUUUAAGAAAUGACACCAGUUUGGCUACAGCAAAGACUUUCGAAUCAAAUACUUUGCUUGGAGAAGGAAUAGUGGUAAAAAUUGAGGACAAGGUUAAAGGCCCUGACACGCAGACUGUAUCAUAUUCAGAGCAAAAUAAAGUUGCUGAGAAUGCAUGUCUAGCUGCUGCUUCUGUUGAUUCUAAUAAUUCAAAGUCUAAACCUGAAGGAGACUGCAGGCAUGUUGAGAAACUGGCUGAUGAGGACCAUUCUGUUCCACAAGAUUAUAAGCAUUUAGGUAAUCAAUUAAGCCUCUUGCCUGAGUUGAUUGCUUCUGUGAAAAGGGAUGCAUUAGAAGUUGUUGAAGAGGUGAAAACUGCUGCUAAAGAUGACCCAGCCAAUUCUCAUAAUCAAAAUUUAGACGCCAAGGAAAAGACAAUAAAUGAAGUAGAGCCAGCGAAUGCUAAUGGUGAUUUAGAAUUGAACUCUGAAAGUGACCAUGUAGAUACUUCUAAAAUUGAGCCUACGAAGGCUGAGGAAGAAGCAAUUGCCAGGGGAUUGCAGACUAUUAAAAAUGAUGAUUUGGAGGAGAUCCGCGAGCUUGGUUCUGGAACCUAUGGAGCUGUUUAUCAUGGGAAAUGGAAAGGUUCUGACGUUGCCAUUAAGAGAAUAAAAGCCAGUUGUUUUGCUGGAAGGCCAUCUGAAAGAGCAAGAUUGAUUACAGAUUUCUGGAAGGAGGCAUUGAUGUUGAGUUCAUUGCAUCAUCCAAAUGUUGUCUCCUUUUAUGGCAUUGUUCGUGAUGGCCCUGACAGUUCUUUAGCAACAGUCACCGAAUUCAUGAUUAAUGGAUCUUUGAAACAGUUCUUGCAUAAGAAAGAUAGAACAAUUGAUCGUCGUAAGAGACUCAUUAUAGCCAUGGAUGCUGCAUUUGGGAUGGAAUAUUUGCAUGGAAAAAACAUUGUGCAUUUUGAUUUGAAAUGUGAGAAUCUAUUGGUCAAUAUGAGAGAUCCUCAACGCCCUGUCUGCAAGAUUGGUGAUUUGGGUUUAUCAAAGGUUAAACAGCACACUCUAGUGUCUGGUGGAGUACGUGGGACUUUGCCAUGGAUGGCACCUGAGCUUCUUAGUGGGAAAAGCAAUAUGGUAUCGGAGAAGAUUGAUGUGUACUCAUUCGGAGUAGUUAUGUGGGAGUUGCUCACAGGGGAUGAACCCUAUGCUGAUAUGCAUUGUGCUUCAAUAAUAGGAGGUAUCGUGAACAACAGUUUACGUCCUCAAAUCCCAUCAUGGUGUGAUCCUGAGUGGAAGUCUCUAAUGGAAAGUUGUUGGGCAUCUGAUCCUGCAGAAAGACCAUCAUUUUCAGAAAUUUCCAAGAAGUUAAGGAGUAUGGCUGCUUCAAUGAAUGUGAAAUAGUCAAUUGAUCUUGAGUCAGUUAAUUGAACUUCUCAAGUUGUAUGUAGCCUAGAAUUGGUUAAAGGGAAAUAAGGUGAAGCAUGGUUCUUCCAGUUCAAGGCACCAUCAAGCACAGCUUUAUAAAGGGGAAAAAUAAUUGAAAGGAGUAUUCAAGCUUGCCUAGCUUGUAUCGAGAUAUCAUGCCUUGGUUUAGUCUAGAAAGUCUUUUGUAAUGUUACCUUUAAUGAUAUUAUCCUUGGUGCAGUAACUUGCACUACAACAUGGUUUCUCUCCCAGAAGCAGCAUGGUGUUCUGAAAAAUGCUACAUGUGGUGGAACAUCAAUAUAUCACAGUUUUUACAGGUGAUGAGGGUGAUGGUAGCAAUAGUUGUGGCUUUACUAUCACUAAGGAACCAUGCCUUCUGGAGGGAUGUGUAUAUAAAUCAACCACCAACAUGUCUCCUGUGCUUUCACAUGGAGAGGAUAAUGACGAAUUCUGCUUCCCAUUUUGAUGGAACAAAUUCAAUUUCUCGUCGAUAUUUUUGUUUAAAUUGCUUAUUAUAUUGAUAUCAUAUAUUCUUAAUGACAUGAAUGUGCAUACUUAAUGACAUAAAUUAACUUUUUUAUAUGAAUGAUGUCAAAUAUAUUUUUUUUGCA